UCAUUUUUUGUUUAUUUUCAGGGCAAGCUAGCCAGCGUAGCUGUUAGCUUACAACAUUCGUUGUUACACAUUUAGUAUACAAGUUUUAUACCCAAACGAGAGUCCUUUACGCUAGUUUGAUAGUGUAACAUUUCACGAGGUAACAUACCAUCACAGGAGAAGGUUAGAGAGAUAUCGUGAAGCUGGUAAAGGUAUUUUAGAUAUUAGCGUAUGUGUUUGCUAGCUAGCAUAAACAACACUAAGGCGAGCUAGUGAACGCCAGGUGGAACACAAUAAAGCUUGAAAAAGCCCUCACAUAUCAUUUUGUGAUACCUUGCCCAACGUUGCAGCGGGUAAAUCACAGUUGGCAACCUUGGCCAGCAUCUCAUCAGCAAUACUUAAACUGUGACACUCCCAAGUGCUAAAAGGCAUAGCAAACACACCCGGAAAGCCUCCCCAAGGUUGAAACCUAAGGAGCAAGAUGUCGAUCACAAACACUCCCACCAGUAAUGAUGCCUGCCUGAGCAUUGUGCACAGUCUGAUGUGCCACCGACAGGGAGGAGAGAGUGAAAGCUUUGCAAAGCGAGCCAUUGAGAGCCUUGUCAAGAAGCUGAAGGAGAAGAAAGAUGAGCUGGAUUCCCUGAUCACAGCCAUCACUACAAAUGGAGCUCAUCCAAGCAAGUGUGUAACCAUACAGCGAACCUUGGAUGGACGUUUACAGGUGGCUGGACGUAAAGGUUUUCCUCACGUUGUCUAUGCACGACUAUGGCGAUGGCCUGAUCUACACAAAAAUGAAUUGAAACAUGUGAAAUAUUGCCAGUAUGCCUUUGACCUGAAAUGUGACAAUGUUUGUGUCAAUCCAUAUCACUAUGAGAGGGUAGUGUCUCCAGGUAUUGAUUUAUCAGGACUGACCCUCACAGGCUCAGUUCCAUUCAUUGUAAAGGAUGAGUAUGACUAUGACAACCAGCAAUCUCACUCAAGCUCUGAGAGUCACCUGCAGACCAUACAGCAUCCUCCAUCAAGGCCUGGUCCACAGGAAACCUUCAGUAGCCCAGCACUACUUUCUCCCUCGGAGGUCAACAGCUCAGCUUCAACCUCUGCGUUUUCCACUAUCAGCGCUGGACCCUCAAAUGCUGCCCCUAGCUGGAGCAGAAACAGCAGCUUUACUCCUGCAGUGCCUCAACAUCAAAAUGGGCAUCUCCAGCACCAUCCCCCCAUGCCUCACACAGGACAUUACUCAGGGCCGGUCACCAAUGAAAUUGCGUUCCAGCCCCCCAUAUCCAAUCACCCCGCUCCAGAGUACUGGUGUUCCAUAGCGUACUUUGAGAUGGAUGUCCAGGUCGGUGAGACGUUCAAGGUCCCAUCUACAUGUCCAAUUGUGACCGUGGAUGGAUACGUGGAUCCAUCAGGAGGAGAUCGCUUCUGCUUGGGCCAGCUGAGCAACGUCCACAGGACAGAGAACAUCGAGAGAGCCAGGCUUCACAUCGGCAAAGGCGUGCAGCUGGAAUGCAAAGGUGAAGGAGACGUCUGGGUGCGCUGUUUGAGUGAUCAUGCGGUUUUCGUGCAGAGCUAUUACCUAGAUCGAGAGGCUGGUCGGGCCCCUGGAGACGCCGUUCACAAGAUCUAUCCCAGUGCUUACAUCAAGGUGUUUGACCUGCGUCAGUGCCACAGACAGAUGCAGCAGCAGGCAGCCACCGCUCAAGCGGCAGCUGCAGCUCAGGCAGCGGCGGUGGCCGGGAACAUCCCCGGACCCGGCUCUGUGGGAGGCAUCGCUCCAGCCAUCAGUUUGUCUGCCGCUGCAGGCAUUGGGGUUGACGACCUGCGCAGGCUGUGCAUCCUGCGGAUGAGUUUCGUGAAGGGCUGGGGGCCCGACUACCCACGACAGAGCAUCAAAGAGACACCCUGCUGGAUUGAGAUCCACUUACAUCGAGCUCUGCAGCUACUGGAUGAAGUUCUGCACACGAUGCCCAUUGCUGACCCGCAACCUCUUGACUGAAGUGAAAGACAUUAACUGCACAAAAACCAGAAUAUCAGACUGUACUUUUAACAGACCACUUCACCUAUAGAUCGGGUAAGUUGAAAGAUUGCAACAAACAUUGAUACUGAGUAGGUCAGUAUACGCCGGCAGUAUACCCCAAACACACUGUAAACUGGAGCGAGACAGCUCUGUGAGUUUGCUGACUUCUACAAAACAGCUGCAAGAACAAGUGAGUCACUCGGGGAGGAGACGUUGUACACAGGCUACCAGGAGGAUAUGCAUGAAACAUGAAGACGGUAUUCUGAUAUUGUUCCACAGAUGUUCCACAGGAAGUGGACAAGGCAGCUUCUCAAAUCUCAAGUUGAUACAAAAGUACUUGAAACAAGAGCGUGUCCACUCCAAGAUGCAAAGAUGUAUUAACUAAAUCUUAACUGAUACACAAAACAGAUGCAUUGCCACAAGAGACAUGAUUCAUUCAUACUUGGCCUUCAGUAUUUUUCCAGCAUAAACAUUUCAAUAUGUAACGUUUAUUGAGCCACAAUGACUGACAAUGAAAAACUCAUGGCUCAAAAAAGUUGAUCUUAGCACAAUGAGGCGCCUUGUUUGGAUGCUAACCAUGAAUGUGUUUCCAGUUUGGGUAUACUGCCGGUCUGUUCCUCCCUGGUGACUCUUUGGCUUCAUGUACAUGGAGCCCCCCCUCGCCCCCUCCUUGCACUCCCCCUCACAGAUCAGGACAUUUAUGUAAAGUCAUGUUAUUCAUUACUCAUGUUUUUGUAAGAUGUAAUCUUGAAUAUUUUUCGAUGCUGACUGUACUUGUUUUUUUUCAUUUAUAUAUUCUCAUGUUGGAUAGUUGUUUUUAAUCGCAUACAGAGCCUCUGAGAAGCUCAUUUUAUCUGAACAUGCUUCUCACUCGGCGCCGUAAAGCAUUGUAGUUUCAUUAUUCUUCAACCAGUCAGGGCUGUUGGGAGAGGCGGUGUUUUCUACUGGAGUUUUUAAAGCCUCAAAUUAGAUUGAACUUCUAAAAGAAAAUCAAAAGAAUGUUUAUUGUAACACAUAUACGUAAUAUAAUUAUAAUGUUUAUGAUUAGAUGCCCACAUAGUGUCCAUUUGCACUUUAUUAUUAAUUUGUCUAAAUAUUAUGUCUUGUUUCAUAGUCCCAUGUGUGGUUACUUGUUGUAUCCAUUUGGUCUUUUAGCGUAGUUGUAAAAAUGUUCUUGCCAACCGCAUUUUUGAGAAUCAUGAAAAUGCGUUUUUAAGUAUCAGUUUCAUCCCACAGCAGGUUGAAAGGUGUGUUUAGCUCAAUCAUGACCCGUACGAACAUGUGGAAGUGUUGUUUCUCUAAUCUGAAACUUCAAACAUUCGCCUUUCAAACCUACAGGGGGAUACUUUGAUACUCUGAAGUUACGUUUUGUGUGGAGAAGUAUUUAAAUAUGAUACACGGCCACUCUUUUAAAUUGGAGGAUGAUUUGGAUGAUUCAAGGUUAUGUUUUCAAGACGACAGCCGAGUAAAGGAAGCGAGGACUGAACUGUGAGAGGUGUGAAAGUGUAAGCCAUAUCGAUGCCAAUAUACAUCUAUGAAGAAGUGAGAAGAUUGUCAGCCUGAAGUCGCGUCAGUGUUAAGUUGCUUGGUUUUAACCUUUUGAAAAAGAUUUUCGCUCAGCACUAUUAUUGAAGUAUUUUGGUAUCUGGAGCUUUGUUUACCUACAGCUGUUGCAGUAUUUUGUACUCUUUUGCUACCUUUACAGCUCGAAACCACUCCGGUUGUUUUUGAAAAUGUCAAAGAAAAACAAAAAACGCUGUACAAUUUUCAGGAAAUGCAACUUCAUACUCAUCUCUAUCUUUAUGUCAUACAUACUGAGUUUGAAUGAUGUUGGUGUUUACAUUUAUGAUUAUGGUUGAAUAAAAUUUAAUAACAACA